CCUAAAUGUUAAAGAGAAAUACUCUGUAUUAAGCUAAAUCCCUUCUAUUUUAUUUGAUUAAUCGUAUACAGUUGUCUUGAGCUGACUGGUAGAAAACUUGAAGCAAAAAUGUAGAGUAGAGGUAGCAUUCAUCAUCUGCCAAAUGACUGCCAGAGAGGACCACACACGUGCCAGAAUCUUGAGAGAGGUAUUAUUAUUGUAACACAAAUCAAAUAUCGCUCAGUCAAAUUUUGGGGGUCCUAGGCAUCUCACCUCUAACUAUUUGUUCUGCCCGGGCCACAAAGGCUAGACGCAGUACAAGCAACGGAGCUCUUCAUCUUACUCUAUGCUUUUCCCCUCCUCCACAGUCGCAGCCAUGUCGCCAUCUCCCUUCGAGACACUGGCUAUUGAGCUGGUCGAGCUCAUCGUCGCGCACCUGGACUGUAGUGACAUCGCUGCCCUACGCCUGACGUGCCACCGCGUCAAGAUCAUCGUAUCUCAGGGACGGUUCACCAUCUUCUUCAAACAGCGCAACGUCCUUCUGGAAACGCGCGCCCUGCAGGACCUGGCAGACGGCACGAGCCAGGGCCACCUGAUAUGUCGGCUGCGAGAUUGCACCUUUACAGGCGUCCUUGAUGAGACUAAGAAUACUGAUACUGAGGCGGCCGCGGAGGAAGACCACAGGCGCCUUCUGACUGAAGCUUUCUGCAAUAUCAAGCAGCGCUCGCCUGCGGGCUGCCUGGCGACAGUACGACUGCGCCUGGUCGUGCGUCUGGCCGAUGGCGCGCUGGCAGCGCCUGAAGACUGCCGAUACGCUGCGGGAGGUCUCUGGAUGCGCAUCUGGGAUACAGCGCAGCGCACAUUCCGUGUCGUGAUGGCAGCGUUGAAGGCGACACAGCUCGCAGUCGACUGUGAGUUGGAUUUGUUCCACGGCCACACACAUUGCUCCUUGACGAGUGACAUCUUUGUGGCCAGUGUGACCACGUUCCCAUGGACGGCCAUCUUCGGGUCUCUUAAAAAGCUGAAGCUGAACAUAUCGUCGCCGCACCGCGCCUCCACAACAACAGCGUCGUUGGCCACAGACGACCUCGAUGAUGAAUCGACUACGACCGACAGCGACGAGGCUGCUGGUCGACAGACGGAAGCGCCCGGUGCGCCGCUGAAGGAGACGGAGCGCCGCGCUUGCACCCAAGUUCUGUUCCAAGGCGUGCUGCAACUGCGGUCCCUCUUGUCCGAGCUCGAGACGGUCGAUCUGUUUUGGUAUCUCGUGGGACGACGACGAAUGGCCGAAUCUACCUUAUUGCAGCCGCCCGCCGAUGAUACAGAACCUGACACAGGUGGCCCUCUACGUCUAAAAGAGUGCUGGCUAAGGGGGCUGGUUGUAGCUGAGGCCGACCUUCUCCGCUUUCUACAACGCACCCAGCCCGUAGCGUUGACAUUGAUUCACAUCACGCUGAAUCCGGGGACGUACGAUGCUAUAUUCGAUUUUCUGACCGAUCCGGAAACCCUCAUAUCAUCCUAUCAUCUGGACGACCUGUUUGAGAAAAACUGGGUCAAGACCGUGCAUUUUGAGAUUCCGGGGAGUCCCAAGUUUGCCUAUCGCCGGGGUGGCGGCACGCCGAGCACGCUGUCGCGCCAGGGCGAAGACAUCAAGAUCCCCAUCCGCUACCACCUACCCAUCCAUCUAGCAAAAGGGUCGGGGGACCAUAUGCGCUGGAGACAAGAGAGCAGGAGAGUUUAUGGCCCUCCUUGUUGACACAAUGGCGGCUUUGCCGUUGUGCCUCUAGACGAAUGUUGCGGAGCUGAUGAACCCCCCAGUAAGUAGGAGAUAAAUAUGGCGUCAGCUGCCGCUUAAAUCUACUAUCAAGCGACCAACCUAGCUACCUACUAGCUAAGAGGUUCAAAUCAUACUAUUGUUUUUAUGCCUUUUAGGUUUCGACAUAUGUUUAUAAUGGCACAGGAUAUACUUAUAAUAAUAGAA